AUGCAAAGGUGCGAGAGUAUCUAUAAGAAGUUGUUUAGGCUCUUGUUGGGCGGUGAGUGUGGCGGAGGUCAUCAGCGAUCGCGCUUGUAUACAGUCGAACUCCACGAGGAAGAUGUCGAUUUGAAGGCACACCUUUCGGAGACGGAUAUCCUCGCUUGCUGUGGGGACGAAUGUGGCUUUGGGUAA